AACUCCCAACAAAAUGUCUCACUCUGUGACCAUUACUCGCACCACCACCAGCACCACCAACACUUCAUACAUUGUCCUGAACACCGGCUAUUUGAAGAGUUUCAGUGGCCUACUCAAAUUGGCUGAAUUGCUAAUUGGUGCUGCCAUGGUUGGCAUCUUUGCCUACUACCAAAAGAAUGGCGCCUGUUUCUACAACAUGGAGGGAAUCGUCUUUGCCUUCCUAAUGUCGGUGACAUUUAUGAUUGGAACAUUCUGUUUGCUGCUGUCGUGUCUGACGUCACUCAGUACUGGCGGUAUUAUAUCGAAAACAAUUUAUGAAUUAAUUUAUCACAGUGUUGCUGCCAUUUUACUGCUCUGCUGUUCCCUGCAAGUUGUUAUCACCUUGUCAGACACCCGAAGAGGCUAUGCACAACGUGAUGCCUAUUUUGCUGCCGGUAUUAUGGGUUUGGUAAAUGCCGUUUUGUACUUUAUCAGUGCCUUCUUGGCCCACCGAUCUUAUCGUGGCAUUUAAAUGCAUA